AUGGAUCCACAUUAUGGAUCCAUAUGUGGAUUUCGUGGUAUGGAUUUGAACCCUGAGGGUGGCACCAUCGAGGCUUUGAAAGCGCACUUUAACAACAACGAAAAGCCUAGUGAUGUCAACUCGUUAUUGUUCGAGGAGAUACCAGUAUCGGACAACGGGUGCAGCCAGCCAUGCAAUGACCAAGGCCGCAUUCGCGCAGAAGAUCGCAUAUUGAAAGCGAUGAAUAAAUUUCGAUCUAGACCCGAAUACAAGACGUACCUGGAAGACAAAGAAAUCGGCACAGUCUUUAUUGCGGUCAUCGAAAGCUUCUUUGAGAGGAAGAAUGAUCAAAAGCCAGUGGAUGCGGCUCUUAUUGUCUUGUUCAAUGUCUCGACUGGUAGAACGGUGACCAGAACGACAAAUGGAACAACCCUAAACCACUGGUUCUUAGAUGAGGCGGAGCGGAGAAGAGGACAUGUGGAUGGUAACAAAGAUUGUUUGCGCAUGACCGCAGGUAAAAUAGUAGCAGAAAGGGUGCACGGUGUGGAUGCAGCGAACUGGCACGAAUACGCCGUCAGGAAACCUCGUAAGGAGUUUUUUGAGGAGGCCCUCAAAAUCAUGGAGAUUCCUUACGCUGCGACACAUAAUGAGACGAAUGCUUCGCUGGGCAGCGUGGGUACGGUUGAUAGUUUAUGA